CGCAAAACUGCACACAGCCAGCUCGUUCCGUAAUUUGCCGCACAUGUGGCUGACGGCCGUCUGGCUUUCCAAUAUUCAGGUUUUCAUUGGCCCUGGGCGUCGCUCCGCUGUGGCCGUGCUGCCUUACGUGCGUCCUAUCCCUGGCAAGCUACUGCCAACAGCAGCUGUCGUUUUCCCGACUUUCAAGAAUUUCUCUUCUCCCAAAAUCAUAAAAGACUCAAACAAAAUCUCACACUCCUCCCCCAUACUCCAACAAACGCUCACUUGCACAUAUCACCCUUUCGAACUCAAUAAACUGUUCUAACUAGACAACAUGCCUUUCAAGGACGGUACGUACUUUUUUCCUUUACGUCUGAAGUUGGCAAAAAAUGCAUCACGUCACCUUGAGAGGAAUGCCAUUGAGUCGUACGACUUGCUUCGAAGGCAUUGAGACUCUGGCCAUAGGUG